UUCCCAUGCUAACAACCGGCUCAACUCACACAAUAUCUCUGCAACGUAAAGCCUCUGGGCAGCCACUGGACAAGCUGCUCUUGAAUCUUCGAACUUUGUCUGAUACGCAUGAUACACCUGACGGGAAGGAGACUCGUUCUAACAAGUGCGGCAUUCUUCAAAAAGGUAUCGGAUUUUUCACGGUAGUUGAUGGACGACUAGUCACCGGUGCAGAUAUUGGAAAUAAUUUCUUCCUGACUCUUGAGGCUCUCGGUCAACCGCGAGCGGCCAAAGUGACAGAAUAUCUCCAAGAAUUGAACGAAGAUGUCAAAGGCUCUUCUUUAGUUGAGGAUCCGAUAAAUCUUAUCGAGACAUCUCCGGAUUACUUUUUGCAAUUCUCGCUCGUAAUCGCCACCGAACUUCCAGAAAAACCGCUUCUUAGAUUGGCCCAGGUUCUUUGGGAUUCGGCGGUUCCGCUCGUUGUUGUCAGAUCAACAGGAUUUAUUGGGUAUUUCCGUAUCGUGAAGCAAGAACAUACGAGUGAGUAUGACCGAAUUCAAAAUCUGUUUGUUGUCGUCGUUGGGUGCAGUUUAGUAACGGGCUUUUGGUUUACAAAUGCACAAGUCGUUGAGACGCAUCCCGAGAAUGUAAUUGAUUUGCGCUUGGAUAAACCCAUUCCUGAAUUGGAAGCGUACGCACAAACUUUUGAUUUUGAGGGGAUGGAUAAUAUGGACCAUGGUCAUAUACCAUACGUAGUGAUUCUUGUCAAGUAUCUGAACCAAUGGAAGAAGGAGCACAAUGGUGAAUUACCCAAAGGGGCACAGGAAAGAAACUUAUUCAAAGAAACCAUUCUCAGUGGGAAACGCAGUUCCGACGAGGAAAACUUUGACGAAGCUAUUGCCAGCAUUUGGAAAGCAUGUACCCCCACCCAGGUGCCUUCUAAGGUACAAGUUAUACUCAAUGACCCUCUUUGCGAUAACAUAACUGUCGAGUCAUCCAACUUUUGGAUUAUCGCGCGAGCUGUUCGUGAAUUCGUAGCAAAUGAAGGUCUUGGCUUGUUGCCACUUUCGGGGAAGUUGCCAGACAUGAAAGCAUACACGCAAUCUUAUGUUAAUUUGCAAAACAUUUAUCGUCAAAAGGCACGUCAAGACGUUACUGUGGUGCAUGCUCGGGUUAAUAAAAUACUAUCUUCACUAGGACGUCCGGCUGAUUCAAUUUCCAAUGAAGAAAUCGAGAGUUUUUGCAAAAACGCUGCAUAUAUCGAGGUUAUUCGGUAUCGAUCAUUACAAGAAGAAUAUAUAAGUGAUCCGAAGAAAGAAGAUAUCAAUAGAUGGUUACGCGACCCCGAGGAUUCUAUUGCCUAUUAUGUCUUAUUCAGAGCAAUGGAUCGUUUCUACGAAACGUUUAAACGUUACCCAGAUGGUGCUACAUUACCGGAUUCCGGUGACGAUGAAGAUGACGGUGAAGGCAAUAACGACGAGCAAUCAGUAACUCCCGGCUUUGUUUAUGAAUUCAAUCCUUUGAAGAAGAUAGUAACCUCCUUGCUUGAGGAAUGGGGAAUCGAUGAUAGUGGACUUGAUCUCGAUGAUUACAUUCACGAAAUGUCGGGAGGGUCGGAACUUCCCAAUAUGGCUGCACUGUUGGGUGGACUAGUGUCUCAAGAGAUAAUCAAGCUGAUUACUCACCAAUACAUUCCAUUGAACAAUUCUUGCAUAUUUGAUGGAAUCAAAGCUUCAUCGAGAACAUAUGUUCUCUGA